AUGUGGAUUCUUUCGUUUCUUCUAUUCGGUAGUAUUCUAUCAAGAAGUGAUGCGGCGGAGAUUGAUCCAAAAGGAUAUGUCAUCUAUUGUCCUUGUAUGGGCCGAUUCGGGAAUCAAGUAGACCAACUCUUGGGAACAAUCUCUUUUGCAAAGGGCCUCGAUCGAACCCUUGUCUUACCACCAUUCAUCGACUUUGCCAAACCGGGAAAAGCGCAAAUGAUUCCCUUUGAAGAUGUCUAUCAACCGAAAUUCCUCUCUCAAUAUCUCAAAGUGAUCACUCUGACCGAAUUUAAACGAGAUAUUGCUCCAACGGUUUGGCCGAAAGAAAGCAGAAAAGCUCUUUGUUGGAGCCCACGAGAAUCUUUCUAUGAAAAGAAUGCUCCGUCGGGAUGUCACGCAAAAGAAGGGAAUCCUUUUGGACCAUUUUGGGAUUAUGCUGGAGUUGAUUUUGUUGAUGAUGAAUUUUAUGGGAAGAUUGAGGGUGGCUAUGAUCUUUCGACACGAGGCGCGAAGAGUGCAUGGAAUGAGCUG